AUGGGGUCGAUCGGCGAGCUGCCCCUAGAGCUCCGGUUGUUCACCAACUAUGUAGCUGCGACGCGAGUCGUGACGUAUUUCGACGUCGCCAGCGCGAUGAUGUUCAUCUACGAUUACUUCCUCACGAUGGGGCUGGAAGUUGAGCUGGUCUGGGGUUCGAGGUGGGGGUUUAUGAAGGCACUAUAUAUCGUUCAGAGAUAUAUUCCCUUCGUGGACUCAGUUGCACUUUGCUUUACCCGGACGAUGAUUGCAGGGUUUUCGCUCUCGGAACCGAGCUUCGUCGUAACGGCUUUUUUCUUUCGUGGUGUUCAGUCUGUGAUUUUGGUUCUGAUGAUUGUCCCCGGAAUCGCCGCAUAUCGACAAGGAGGGGACGUCGCCCUGCAUGAUGUCAUUUACCGGAAUGGCAUAAUGGCCUAUGUCUACCUAUUUACACUUUUCCUAAUUUCGAUCGCAGUUCUAUCCACAAUCAACGUCAUUGUAGUCAUCAGCCUCCCAGAAAGUUAUCUUGAUAUGCUCUCCUCAUAUUUGCUUGGUUUCCUCUACGAGAAAGAGGCCGAUAAUGAUUUGCACAUCUUUGCGAUGAAGUGA